GUUAGAUCUCAAUAAAAUUUUGUAAAUAGAUUUUGAACUAUACCAGGAAGAUUUUCCCUAUAUGAUGUUGCAUCACUAUUCUGUUAGAUCUUAAUAAAAUUUUGUAAAUAGAUUUUGAACUAUACCAGGAAGAUUUUCCCUAUAUGAUGUUGCACGGCGACAUGAAUUUGAAACCAGGUUUGUUAGGUCCUUGUCCGUGUGACGCUAUGAUGACCCGUGAACGAAAUGGAAUAUUAUAAUGGAGGGAGAGCAGGUAGCCCCAAUAUGUUACAGAGAAAUGGGACAAGACCAACAUGAAAUAGAAAUAAGUAAACAAAACGAAAACAAAUUGAGAGAAAAUUACAGGGAAACUCUAGUUGCAGAGCUCAUUCUCGAUCACGCCUUGGGUUUCUUAUAUAUAAUACAAUCCAAAUGUGAAUGAAUUAUUCAAGACACUUGAAGGAAUUGAAAAUGCUGUUGAGGAGCUAACUCCCAAGGUGCAGCUGUCAGUGCACCUUUUUCUGCAGAAGAGGUGUGCUCAUCAAGAAAUGAGUUCAUCUUAUUUUUUGAAGUGGUGAAAAGAAGCAGAAAAAGCAAUUAUCCGCUAUAAUCAAGAGUGUGGCCUUAAUGGAGGACACAAUAUUGAGUAGAAAUGACACUUCUAUUAAAAAGAAGAAUACAAUUGAAAAUGAUGUACCAGGAGAUGAUGAUGAACAUCUUCCAGAAAUGACAUUGGAAGUGCAAAAUGCUGUCAAAAAUGAUUUUAAAAGAUUGGAAGUAUAUGGAGAAAGUGAGGAUGAAGUUAAAGAUGUUUAUGAAGAUCUUCAAAGAGUUAUUGAAAACGAGGAUGAAGAAGAAAACGAAGUGGGAAAAAUAUCUACAAAGCCAGGUAAAUCUAAAAGGAAGGAGUUACAUUCAACUACUAAAAUACAUGCUUUAUCUGACAGUUGGGAUGAAGAGGGGAGAGAAGUAAUUUUGCAAGUUUACAAACUGCUUUUUACAUCACAAUGCGAUGAUGAGAAUACAUAUUCAAAUUUUGCCCUUUUGGUUAAAUCUGUAUUGGAUAAUGACAUUACAGAUACAGAAAUAGAUCUGUUUUUAACUACAGAUAAAAUUGUUAAGGCAAAACUUUUGCCAAGUGGAGAAAUGACUUUGGACUCAACUCAGCUGAGGAAUGCAAAAGAUUUUCAAGAAAUACUUUUCAAUGGAAUUUGUAGAAAUCUAAGGGAUAGGAAAGUAAUCACUGAAAUGAAAAACCUAUGGUGCAGUUCCUAUAUGUACCUCCUUUUGCCCUUAGAAUCAGAUGGUGUAACUGUCAUUGAUUGGAAUUGCAUUGAAACAUGUGCAUCAAGUGCUAGACAAUUUAAAGUACUUUCAACUAUUUCAGAAGAGGAUCAUAGUACCAUCAAUGUUGAUAAUAUAAGAGAGGCUCCUAUGGUAGGAACAACACAUUUGCAUAGCCAAGGGGAAUCUGAAAUUUUGAUUUUGGCAAAUGGCAUUUGUGAAACUUCAAAUUUGAUAGAUAAAGCAGUAGUUACGGUUCAUAAUGGAAUGAUUUACCAGGUUGUGAGCAUUAUUCAUGACACAACUGCUCAGAGGCCCUUCCCUUCGACUGAAGAUUCUAAGCCACGUUAUGACAGCUACACUGACUAUUCACAGAAAAAGUAUGGAAAGAAACUUAAGAAUUUGAAUCAACCAAUUCUUUUGGCGAAGCAAGCUGACCGACCCCAUAAUUUUCUUGCAAAAGACCAGCAGAAGCCUAUUGUGAAUGAAGGAAAGUUUGUAGAGCUUCCUCCAGAGUUGUGUUUGAAUUUGGGUGUUCCAAGCUCUGUUAUGAGAUCAUUGUAUUUGGUUCCAUCUGCCAUGCAUCGCCUGACUUCUUUAAUGCUUGCAAGCCAAAUCCAUAAAGAAAUUAGGAAAGAAUGCUCGGAUUGCCCCCCUAUAUCUGUACCACUGAUAAUGGAAGCACUCACUUCACGCAAAUGCUUAGAGUGUUUUUCAUAUGAGCGCUUGGAGUUAUUGGGUGAUUCAUUUUUGAAAUAUGCCAUUAGUCAGCAUCUUUUUAUGAAAUAUGAAAAUGAGGAUGAAGGAGAGUUAUCAGCACAUAGAGCUGAGUCAGUUUGUAACACAAUUCUUCAUCAUUUGGCAUUGACUCGCAAUUUACAGGGGUACAUUCAAGAUGAACCAUUUCAUUGGCGUAAAUGGGUUGCUCCUGGGUUAUUGUGCAGAAGCAUUGUUCCUUGUUCCUGUAACCCAAAAGAUCCUAACAGUCUCCCUGUGGAGAAAGUUUGUGACAAGGGACAUCGAUGGAUAUACUCAAAAACAAUAUCCGAUGUUGUGGAGGCUUUAAUAGGAGCACAUUUAGUUGGAGGUGGUACAAUUGCAGCCCUUGAGUUCAUGAGGUGGAUGAACAUGGAGGUUGACAUUGAAGACAAGUCAGUAGAAAUUGCAUUCAAACGUUGUUUUGCUUAUCCUAGUGUCUUGAACACUAGUUUGGAUGAACUACAAUCGCUUCUAUAUUACCAUUUUGAGAACCCAUGCCUCUUAGUAGAAGCACUCACACAUGCUUCAAUUAAUGAACAUGGAAGACGUUCCUACCAGCGGUUAGAAUUUCUAGGAGAUUCUGUGCUGGAUCUUCUUAUUACUCAGCAUCUAUUUUCAACAUACCAAGAACUAUCUCCUGGAGAUUUAUCAGAUUUACGGCAAGCUGCUGCUAACAAUCAGAAUUUUGCCCAAGUAACAGUGAAGCAUAAUAUUCAGAACUAUCUUUGUCAUCAUUCAGAUGAUAUAAAAAAUCAAAUAGAAAAGUUUGUAGAGGAUUUUGAACAGUGUAAAGGUGGUGAUUGUCAAUUUAUAUCAUUUGGAGGAGGAAUGCGUGCUCCCAAGGUACUAGGAGAUUUAAUAGAAAGCAUUUCAGGUGCAAUAUUAGUGGAUAACCGACUUAAACCAAAUAUUGUCUGGGAUAAAAUAUACCCUAUUUUGUCUCCCAUUGUUACACCUGAAAACGUGGUACCACAACCACUACGGGAGUUAUAUGAGCUCUGUGAUCAGCACCAUUAUAAAUACAAUUGGAAGCCCAUCACUAAGACAGAGAAUGUUAAUGUGGCCACCGUACAAAUACAGCUCGAGGACUUCAGUAUACAUGGAGAAGGGUCAGAUAAGAAUACGAAGUUUGCUAUGACUAAAGCUGCCAAAGACGCGUUGGCAACGCUACAGGUUAAGGGCAUAUGUCAUGGUCGCCAUACCUUUGUCCAAAGUUCAAUGGACACAACUGGGAAUGAAGCUCCACAUUCAUCCAAUAUCAUUGCUCAAGAAAACAUGAUAAUUGCUAGCAGUCCACAAACAGAUUCAGGAGAAUCGGAUCAGUGCCAUAGAGGAGAAACAGAUGAGGAGGAGAAUUUACUUUGUAGCAGCAAAUCAAUGCAAGUUAUUUAUAGAAAAAAUCUAAAUGAAGUGUGCCAAAAAAAGCAUUUUGGGAAACCUAAAUUUGAGCUGAUAGAAGAAGUUGGCAUGCCUCAUGAAAAAAGAUUUCUAUUCAAAGUUGUGAUAGACAUUCCCAAUAAAGAAAGCAUCUCAAUUCAAGGCAAACAAGAAAGAGACCAUGCACAUGCAAAAGAUUCAGCUGCAUAUAAUAUGUUAGUGAAACUUCAAAAACAUGGACUAUGUUCUAUUGAAAAUUUCAAUAAUGAGUGUGAAUGACAUAAAUGCCAAACCUCUUCUAAAUAGAUCAAACAUUUACAAUUUGUAAGGUCCAUUUGUUUUGAUCUACCCUUUUUAUUAUUAUUGUAACUAGAUGAUAAUUAGACAUAACAACAUGAUCAAUGUCUUGCUAUAUAUAUCACAUGGUGAUUAUUACUAUUUCA